UCCUGACUCUCCCUUCCCUGCUUCAUUCUCGUUCAUCGUCAACUCGGAGCUGCGCUGCUCGCUUCAUCUGGAAAGAAAACCCUUGAACGGAACCAUGAAUACCCUCGUCUUCUACGUCAAUGGAGUCAGGGUCGAGGACGAUGAUUUUGAACCUGAGUUCAGUCUAAUGGAUUACCUCAGGAGGAAGCUGGGGCUCCGAGGCACGAAACUGGCAUGCGGAGAAGGUGGAUGCGGCGCCUGUACAGUCAUGCUCUCCAAAUACCAUCAUUCAACCGGAUCCAUCAGCCACUAUUCAGUGAACGCGUGCCUGAUGCCAGUGGCGGGAUGUCACGGAUUGGCCGUCACGACCGUGGAGGGGAUCGGUAACUCCAGACGGGGCCUCCACGCCGUCCAAGAGAGACUGGCCAAAUUCCAUGGGUCUCAAUGCGGGUUCUGCACACCGGGCAUCGUCAUGUCCAUGUACACUCUGCUGAGAAAUAAUCUGAAGCCCUCCGUCCAUGACAUGGACGAAUAUCUUCAAGGGAACCUUUGUCGGUGUACGGGAUACAGACCGAUAAUCGACGGGCUCAAGACCUUCACGUCAGAGUUCCAAUGCUGCAAAGGCGAGAAUGGAGGAGAAUGCCCAUGUAUGAAUAGCGCUGACACCACGACACUUGAGGAGGAGGAGCAUUCUCGACUCGUUCAACCAGGUCACCUCGUCCCUUACGAUCCUACUCAAGAACCAAUUUUCCCUCCCGAACUUCAGGCAUGUUGCGUUCAAAUGAGAACUCGCGUGACGUGGUAUCGACCGGCAUCCCUGGACGAAAUGCUAAGAUUGAAAGCCACUUUUCCAGAGGCCAGGAUAGUUCAUGGCAAUACGGAAGUCGCUCUGGAGAUCAAGUUCAAGGAUUGCAAGUAUCCCGUGAUGAUCAGUCCGACGGCAGUACAAGAACUGCACCAAGUGCAGGUUCGGGAUACUGGGGUUAAAUUUGGGGGUUCCGUGACUUUGACCACGAUUCAGGAGACCCUUCAAAAGGAAAUCGACUCUCGACCAGAAUGGGAGACGAAGGUGUGG